AUGACGGCAUCGCAAACAAUCGAAACCGGUCACGUCGACUCUAUCGUAAGCUCCAGGCGUUCCAUGGCGUGCGAUGAUCCUCCCAGACUGACCCACCCGACCCGCUUUGCCGUCCUCCGCGACGGUCGCGCUACCCGUGCCCGUGACCGUGCCCGUGACCGUGUACGAACCGAACCGUGCAGCACGACGCCCAACUCGACUACUAUGGCCGACGACUCGCGACGGGCUCAUCGGACCGUACGAUCCGACUGUUCGAGGUCGAGGGCGAUGAUAGAUAUCGAUUGGUAGACACUCUGCGAGGGUUAGUUUGGUCGUCGCCGUUCCCCUCGACGUGGCCAACGGGCGCGCACUCGGUCCUACACGAACGAGCAACCUCGUACAACUACGCGAGAGCUACCAGCUGAUCCCUCCACACGGAUUCCUACCGCACCAGACACGACGGCCCGAUCCAUGCGCUCGCGUGGGCCCACCCCUCAUUCGGCUCCAUCCUCGCCUCGUGCUCGUUCGACGGCAAAGUCUUUGUCUGGAAGGAGAACGACGGACCUCAAAAGGGGUGGAGCAAGGUCAAGGAACACUUGUUGCACACCGCUUCGGGUCAGUUCUCCGAACACCGAACGGACGGAUGGGGUCCAUCGAGGAUCCUGACCCCUCAGGUCUUUCGCUUCUCUGGCCGAAUGCGGUCGUUUACUGACUGGUCUCCUCCGUUCUGUCUAUCCCCAGUCAACGCCAUUGCGUGGGCGCCUCAUGAACUCGGUCCUAUCCUCGCUUGCGCCUCUUCCGAUGGCAAGGUCUCCGUCUUGACCUUCAACGGUCAGUCUACCCCACCCCACCCUGACAACACGACCCGAACGGAGAAGCCACGGAACACGAGGCUGAAUCACAUCUCCUUCGUCGAUCUUUUCACAUUACAUUACAGAUAACGGUACCUGGGACGCAUCCCUCUUCCCCGCCCAUGCGCUCGGCGUCACGUCCAUUUCGUGGGCACCCGCCGUCGGCGUCGGCGCCUUGACCUCGGUCGACGGGCAGCAGGACGGUGGACCCUUGGCGAUCCAGCAGGUCAAGCGGUUCGCGACGGGUGGAUGCGAUGCAUUGGUCAAGAUUUGGGUGUGGGAGUGCGUACCGUGAAGCCCUGGUGUGCCGUUGCAGAGGCGCUCAGCCGAGUUGUCCUGCGUUCACCGCCGAGGUGCGAAAUGCUAAUGAUACUCCCCCGACUCCGCUCACAGGGAGGAGACAAAGUCGUGGUCACCUGAUCCGAUUCAACCCAUUCUGGAAGGGCACGUCGAUUGGGUUCGAGACGUCGCAUGGGCACCGAGCGUCGGCGUCGGUCGUGCGUACCUCGCCAGUGCCGGUCAGGUGAUUUUGUUUUUGCCUGUGCAGCGAUGCUCCUCUUGUUGAUCUUGAGAAAGGAAGCUGAUGUAUCUCUCUACUUCGUACAAAUCAGGACAAGACGGUAUACAUCUGGACCCAAGAUUCGCCACGUGCGACAUGGAACAAGGUCGCGCUCGAACCGACCCCAUCCGCGCCGACACAAGCUGGUGCCGGUGCCGGUGGCGAGGGCAAGUUCGGCGAGGUGGUGUGGAGGGUCAGUUGGAGCGUGUCGGGAAACGUCUUGGCUGUUUCGAGUGGUGAGUUUUAAUUUUUCGCGGUCGGUGGGCUUUGAAGGUGUGAGGGAAACGCUAUCCGGCUGAUCUUCAUUCGUGGUUCUCUCAGGCGAUGGCAAAGUGAGCUUGUGGAAGGAGAACUUGAAGGGCAAGUUCGAGGAGGUGUCGGUGAGUGCUGAGAGAUGCUAGAUCGGUGCAUGUGGUAUGACUCUUGGGAUGUUGAUGAUCGCUUUUCGGUACGCAGGAAUUGACAUCGUAAUCUUCUCUUUGUGCGCGUGGGCGGAUGACUCUUUUUUUUGAUACGGUUUCUGGGACCCCUCUCUUUGCUUCUUUGACUGCCGAUGCUUUAUGAAAUGCUUGAUGUCACAAUAACCCCUAAAAUUUAAUGAGAGCGUCAUGCGUCACGUGCCAGAGUCGUCUCAAGUCGUGUGAUCUGCGCCUGGGCUUGUUUGGCACCCCCCACCUUGUACGCUCUCUUGCUUGCUGUCGAUUGCUGUGCACGUCACGUCGAGUCAGCCGCGCGUUCGUCCUCAAGUCUCCGUCCUGGCUUCAUCCGCUCGCUCCUCCCCCAAGAGACCCGAGUGCGAUGGCGCCUGACGGUGGUGAGUCCAGCCACGUUCUGCAGCUGUACGUUUCACUGCUGACCAUGAGCACACCUCCAGGAGAACCUCCCCGCGGCGCAGGUCGAGCUCCGGCGACGGCAGCACGAAGCUACGCCGCUGCCUCAUCCUCCUCCUCGGCGUCGUCCUCCGCUGCACCCCAUGCACCCGACGUACUUCCAUCUGCUUCCUCCGUGGCCUCUUCUCCGCCUCCGCUUCCUCCCAAAAUUCGCUCGUGUAGAUCGAGUUCGGCAAGAGCUAUCCCUACCCCCGCCGACCUCUUCAACCCAGUCCCGACGAGCUCCUUUUUUGGAUCCGACCCCGUAUCCUCCUCCUCGCCCUCUUCAUCGUCUUCUCCCUACUUUCAUCGAGCCUCGAUGAACCCCACGGACACUCCACGUGUCCCGCCGCCUCGAUUGCCAGCAUGGACGAACGGCGCACGACCCUCAGCGGUCUAUGACGACGCGCUCCACUCGACGACGAAUCGAGUUCGGUCCGGCUCGUCCGGCUCGAUCACCGCGGCCACGGCCUCGACGGCGAAUGUCAAAGGUGCUGUUGGGAUCACGUCCAUGUCUGGCGUCGAGACGUCGUCGUUUAGGAAACCUUCGAUCUCGCCCAAGCACGCUUUGCCUACAUUGCCCCUGAGUUGGUCGUCGAUUUCGCCUCAGUUCGCUAGAGCACCACCUCCACCACCACUACCGCCGUCGUCCCAAGGGGCAGCGGUACCGGGGAAGGAAUUCGGUGGUGAAGCGAUGGUGCCUUCGAAUCAGCAGUCGAAACCGGCGCCCUUGGGAUGGGCCUUGCCCCCUCAGCCCUCCACUCGCGGCGAUACGACGGGGUGGGAAGUCGACCCCAGCGCCCCGCUCACCAGUUCGACGCUUGACCACCAACAGAUCGAAUUCGCCCCUCCUCCCUUUGCGAUCCCGCAUCGUACACGUACGACGAGGGCGCGUUACGGCUUCAGCAACAUCGCCGGGUUGGGUUGGACCGCGCCAAAGAUCUUGGAAAAGCCUGUUCGGGGUGGGGUCGUCGGAGGGAUAUGGCAGCAUGGCGUGUGGGACUUCAAGGUCGUCGACACACCCGAGAAUUAUCCGCCGAUGGGGGAGUUGCCCCCAAAGCCUGUGAAGGAACCGGUGGUGCCAGCGACGAUGACUACCCCCCUGUCCCCGACAAGCGAGACGACCGAAUCGCUCGAUGCCAUGCAGGUCGACGGCGAGACCACCAAACGAUCCGACGCCGUCGUCGCCGAAGUCUCGAUGCAGCAAGCUCCUCCCCCACACAAGACAAUCUCGCGAGCCGAACUCGAUCAAGCCCGACCGCACCCCCACCUCUACUACGUACCCCGCCAACAUGCGUGGGCGCUCUUUGCCCAUUUUGAGCAGACCGACGCUCACCGUUCCUUUGUCGACGAUGGUCAAGUGCGACUGUGGGUCUCGUCGUAUGAGACGGCUGAGGUUCUGCUCAAGCGACUCGAGCCUCCGCUUCCUACCCCCUUUGAACCCUUCGAUACGAUGGAGCUACCCCUUCCCGCUCGAGAAGUCUUUGAUGCCGCCCGUCGCGUCUGCCUCGACCCUGAACCCGAGUACGUGACCAAGAUCGACGAGCCCAAGUCCGGUCGGUCGAUCCUCUUUUCGGAACAAGAGUUGUACCCCUGCGUCAUCCCUAUGCACGUCCUGCACGAGUUGCUGAGGACGAGGAGUGAGAGCCCGAGUCCCGGUGAUUCGGCCGAGGAUGCAAAGUUGAAUGCAAUUCAGACGUUGUGGAGGUGGGUGACCUCACUUCUUCUCUGGAGUAGUGUAUCGAAAUUGAUCCGUCUGCGACCCUUUCUUCAGAUCCCUCGACAACCUCCUCUUCAAAGCCGAACAGCGACCCCUCUCGAUCAACGGCAAAGCCUUUGCGCGCUGUCUGCCCUGGGACGAGCUCACGCGCGCCAUUUUUGUCGCCAUUCUCGGGUUCAGACUCACGCCCGAGGAGACGCUCUGUCCACCGAAUCUCGUUGACUCGACCGACGAAGGACGAGUGAACCGACAUAGGUUGUUGAGGUGUUGGCUCGAGUUGGGACUCUGGAUCGAGCAUGUGCGCAAGUUGGAGGAUCAAGCGAGGAUCCGUAGAGUCGCGACGAGGGUCGAAUUAUCCUCGGGCGUGGAUGCGAUGAAGAAAAUCUUGGGACCCGAUACACUGGCGAGGGUUCCAGCUUCGAGCGCUUGGGCCAUUGCUGGACGGUCGGCGAUGACGGCCGGGUUCGAUGGUCCGGUCAACCUGUCGCAUCAACUCGCUCAGGCGUAUCACUUCUUGGGCGUAACGCCUGAUUUGGCUGAUUCGGUCGUGGAGGAGGUGUACAAGGAGCAGGUGGGGAGGUGUUCGGCUUAUACGGCGGAUUGUGAGUUCAGUCCCUGGCCUUUCGGGGUGAGGAAUGUCAGGGCUGACGCAGUAUUAUCACUUUUCCUUCCCACCAGUCCUCGAAGCAAUUCAGGAGAUCAACCACGAUCGUCAUUCGGACGUGCUCGAGAUGCUGAUCGCGACCGAACGUUCGAUCGGGCGCGUCUCACUCUCGGACCUGCGCAACGCCUACAAAGAACUCGGCCUCGAAUUUGACCAUUCCCGUUCCGUGACCGACGACGAGAUCGCCUUCCGCUUCGGACAGAGGAGGGAACAGGUGACCGAUCCUGAACGGAAGAAGGUGUUGAAGGAGGCGAUGAAACAGAUUGCCGAUCAGAGGGAUAGCGAGUUGCUCAAGGUCAUGUUGCUUUCUGCGAAUGAUGAGGAGGAUCGACCGGCGAUGUCGUUGGAGAAGGCGUACAAAUUGUUGGAGGCGACGCCGGAAAUGUCGGAUGAGAUACUGAGCAUGGUUUAUGAUGUUCGAGUACGUUUCGGAGAAAAGGGGGCUCGUGGGUCGCACAUCGGGCGCUGAUCUUGACUUUCGCGAAUGGUGCAGAUCGCUGACGCUCCGGGUCAAGUCGAUGUAAUGACCCAAGCUCUGGCGACGAUCGGUCAGGCCAUUGGCAGCGACGCCAUUCGGGUCAAACUGGGUGGUGAUACGGGUGAGUAUUCUCAAGGUGAAAAUCAAAUCCCAUGGAUACCCAGGGCUGACCUGCCCGGUACCAAUCCCCAGCUGCUCUGAUCCCCCAACCUGCACCGGACAUGCCCGUCGGUUUAACCAACAUCGCCAACACGUGCUACCUCAACUCGCUCCUACAGUACUUUUUCACCAUCCGCGAGCUGCGUGAAGCCGUACUCCGCUUCCAGCCGACGCCGACGACCGACGUCUCGGCCCUCAAUCGCGUCGGCGGUCGCCUCGUCACCAAAGCCGAAGUCGAACGGUCGAAAAAGUUCGUCGUGCUCUUGCAGACCUUGUUCAACCAGCUCAUUCACUCCCCUUCGACGUCCAUCACCCCCGAAACGGAAUUGGCGUAUCUCGCUUUGGUGCCUUCCAAGGACGAAGCGGAGGUGCUGACGACGACGUCGCCGGCGGACGACCUCGUCAUUUUGAAUGAUCCGGCUCGAACGAGUGGAUCCCCCAUCGCGACGACGUCCAUGUUGCCUCCGACGAGCGAUGACUCCGACCUCAAGUCACCCUCUUCGUCGAUCCUAGGCAAGAGGCGGAACUCGCACCUCGACAGUGACAUCAAGGGAAGUCUGGCAUUGGACCAGGUCCGCAUCGAGUCAUCGCAGGCUCAAUCGCCCAACCAGAGUAGCUCGGACGGAGCUUCACCUCCUGCGGAUCUAAUCGUCGAUCUCGAAGCCGCAAGUGUUUUGAACAGGGAAAAGAGUGGGGCUUCAUUGUCGAGGUCUUCGUCGAAGACGGUCGUCGGAGAGUUGUUGGGGUCCUCGGACGAGCAGCGGAAGAUGAAGAGGGGUAAAUCUGUCGACGGUUCGAUUUUCGGUCACGGCGAUGAGAUGAAGGUCGACGAUGAUGACGACGAGGUCAUUAUCCUCGAACCUCCUACCGGAACGUCGAUGACCAGGCCGCCUACGCUCCCGCCUCGGCCACGACGACCGUCCAAGGCGGUGACGAAACUCGAGGAUCAAGUUUCCAACUACAUGUCGUUUGGUCGUCAGAACGACGUCACCGAGUGCAUGGACAAUGUCAUGUUCCAGAUUGAAUGUGCGCUCAACCCUGAUGGGACCCCGGACGAACCCAGCGGAUCAGCGACGACGAAUGAUGUCUCCACUUCGGUGCUACGCAGGUCAGUAGUAGACAAGGUGAACAAGAUGUGGUUUCUAUGAACUGAUAAAGAGACCGUUCUCUGCCGACGAACAGAACGCUGUACGGCAAGAUGCGCCAACACCUCGAAUUCACCGACCCUUCCGUGCCCGAGCCGAUCCGUAUUCGCGAAGAACCCUUCUUCUCCUUACUCGUCGACGUCGCCGAGGAAGGUCACACCGUUUACGACGGCCUCGACACCGUCUUUGACGAUUCGAUCGUCACGAUCGAGGGACACGAGGCGCGACGGAGGAUGAGGUUGGUCGACGUGCCUCCGAUCCUGCAGAUCCAACUGCAGCGCGUGCAGUACGACCGCGUCGCGCAGAGGAUCUUCAAGUCCAAUGCGCAUCUCGAUUUUGGCGAGACGUUGUCAUUGGAUCGGUAUCUCGAAGUCGAAGAAGGCGAUGUCGAAGCCGCGCAAAGGCAGGCUUGGACGCAGAGCAAAAGGGACGAGAUUGAGAUCGCUCGCACGAAGUUGAUGGCGCUCAAGUCGACCAAGACGGGGACGAGCUACGGUACGAGCAUCAAAGAGGCGUUUGCGCACCUGUCGACCCUCAAGGACGAACUGGGGGAUCUGUUGACGAGCAAGUUUGCGCACGACUCGCUCGAAGAAGCGGUUUGGAUCGAUCAACAGAUCGUCGAACUCGAAACGCGCAUCAACGACUCGAGGAAAGCGAUCGAGGAGUGUUGGGCCGCCCAGGCCAAGACGGUUUACGAACUCGCGGCAGUGUUCAUCCACCGCGGCACGGCGUUGAGCGGGCACUACUUUAUCUAUCAACGCGAUAGCAAGCACCGCGAUCGGUGGCUCAAGUACAACGAUUCGGUCAUUACCGAUGUUUCGGGUGAGGAUAAGGUCUAUCUUCGUUCGAGGGACGAUACGAAUGCGUAUUUCUUGGUGUAUUGUCGUCGCGAUCGGCUGGAUUCGAUCGAGUCGAUUGCGAGAGAAUUUUAG